AUGGAGAUGCAGACGUUGGUUGGCCGAGAUACCCAAGACGCGAGUAUGCAUUCUCAGAAGAUUCGGCACGUCCAGCUCAAUUCACGAGAGUCAGCUAAGAUAAAAUGGAAUGAGAUGAUGAAGACAUUCCUCUGUGUCUUAGUACGCUGCUACGUUUUGAAUUGGGAGAAGUUCACAGCCACUUUCAAUCUCGCGUUUGCUGAAAGCCUCCGAGCAUAUGGCUUGAGAAACGGCACUCGAUCUCAACCGCUGAGGAGCCAGUGGCAUCACUUAAAACAUUGGAAGGAUGAUAUAUGGCUCUGCGUGAAUAAUACUCCUCCCGCACAGUGGGCUGGAAUCAGUUUAUUCGUUGAGAUGAUUGAGCGUGUGACUCGAGGAAAAAUUCAUCUUCUUGCUCGGCAUGGCGUUGAUAUCCAACACCUAGUAGAGAUGGGCAAAAACGCGCGUCUAAGAUGCCAUGCAGAUCAAUGCCCAGUUCAACAGACGCCGCCAAAAACUCCAAGCCGUGCUGUACCAGCAUCUGCCAUACCACCACCACCAGCUAGGGAGCUUCCAACACCAUCUCUAAGCCCGGACCAAAGUGUACGACCUAAUAUCAUACCACCACCACUAUUGUUUCGAUUUUGGACCAGCAAUAGUGGUGGCAUAAACUCGGAUAACAAGUUUGUGGGUGGUAUGUGGGCUGAAGAUUUAGGAGUCCCUAUACCCGAUAACUCCUUGGUUGAUACACGAAUAAUAUCUUCAUUAAUCAGAACACAUCUUACAAGAAUAAACGUAGCCUCUGCGUUUAUCUCAACGUCAACCAGCCCCCUUGGGGUGUUUCAUCGCGCCUUAAAGGAGAGGAAAGCUCAGAUUUCUAUCUUAGAUACGUCUAAAAUUAGUCUCACCCAGUUAUACCCGGCAAUAUCCUAUCUUCGAUAUGAUCCUAUCCAAUAUGGUACGCAAGGAAAGAGUCGAUACUUUGGCCAGGGCGAAUGGCUCGUCUGGGGUGCUAUCCCACCAGAGGCUAUCCUUACUACCUUCUCCACGAGCACUCUAUUUUCAAUAUCCAGUGAAUACCCUAGCAUCGGAAAGUUGCUGCAGCUUCACGUUAUUAAGGACGCCAAAUUCAACAGAGCACCACUAGGCAGGAAACUCAGAUCAAAGAAUGUCGUGGCAGAUAUACAGUCCGGUAGAUAUAUGGGGCAGCUCUUGAAGCUGCUUAAUGUCCCACAAUCUCAUAUUGCUGCACUCUCUACGCUGUUUGCGGUGAAGUGGAGUUUCCGGUCUCCCGGAGACAAGAGGGCAUCUUACCUGCAAGGGGUUCAGCGAGGGUACAUCAGUGCCUUCGGCCUAGACAUUCCACUUAACACCACGGAGGCUGAUGAGGAGAACGAAGACCCUGCCGGAGAAUAUUAUGAAGAUGAAGACGGUGGCGAAGACGACGAAGGAGAUCUAGACUACAACGAUGCCAGGGAAGUUACCCCCGAUCCGGUGGUAGACUCCUUCGCAGUUAAACGGGCAACAAUCACAUCUAUGUUGAGAAAUUGA